AUGGCUCUUUCGACAAAAACGACGUACAUUGCGUCGACGUUCCCUGAGAACCCCCUUCCGACCGACUUCUCACCGCCCGCGUCCUCCUGCUCCGGCGUCUACCUCACAAACAACGUCUAUGCCAUAGACAACGACCAGAAAUGCCUGCCCAGCAAGUUUAACGGCGCCAGCUCGGCAUUCUACUCCCCCGGCACCGUCUGCCCGACAGGCUACACCGCCCAACCGCAAUGCUCGCGCAAUGGCGGCGUCCGCUCCAUCACGACCGUCACCUGCUGCCCAUACCGCGGCGACAUGACGCUGUCCUGCGUCGAGGACGACAUGACGCUCGCCGGCGUCUGGGAGACGCAAUUUUGCACGUGGAUGGCCGGCCCCGCAACCGUGGUCGACAUCACGCGGACGGACGACGGCACUGUGGCCACGCAGGCUGUGACGAUGAAGAACCGGGAUGGCGUGAACGCAUGGGGAAUCAGGAUGGUGUACCAGGCGAGCGACCUCGUACCCAAGACGACAUCGGUGACGACCACGGCGGCAGCAACCACGGCGGGGACAGCGACGGAGACGGGAAGCGGCACGACGGCCGCCGCUACUUCGUCCGGGACAGGAACCGCGGCGGCAGCUGGUAACUCCGGCACCGCCGGCAGCGGCGAGUCGGGCGUGAGUGAGGGUUUGUCACAGGGCGCCGUUAUCGCCGUGGCGGUCGUCAUCCCCGUGGUCGUGAUCGCGGCGCUCGUGGGUUUGUUCUUGUGGUGGAGGCGACGGAAGCACCGGUACGCGGGCGUGAAGCCCGUCGACACGACACCGACGGCGCCCGAGAUGGACGGGCAGUCGUCGGUGGGCGGCGAGCAGGGCGCUUAUGCGUACCAAACACAGCAAUACGCUCAGCAACAGCAACAGCAGCAAACACCCCCGCCGUUGCAGGAGAUGACGGGAACAGACAUCGCGGGCUACUACCAGAACGACAAGGUGCUGAUGAACCCUUCGAUGGGAGGCGGCCACACGCAGUUCAAGGGGUGGACACCGCCGGCGCAGGUGGCAGAGCUAGGAACGGGAGAGGGGCCGAUGGAGCUGCCCGCGGACAACGGUCGGAGGUAG